CGAUGAAGUCUGGCGGACCCACUUGAGUCGUCGCAAUAGUAUCCGACUGAGCUAAAAUGGCCUACCUCGAGGUAUGGAUCGGAAGCACAUCCCCGAGGCUCGGCUCUCUUCAGACGUGUGGUUUAGACCUCAGUCACUCCUGAUAAAACUCCGUAUGGUGCACUGGGCGGACUUGGAUCGUUGGCGGUGAGGGAUGGAAGGCCUUGUGUGACAUGAGCGGGGCCUCCUUGCGUCACAGACAGGCUUGCGGGGGAUAUAAUAUCUUACAUUCCCACUUCAUCGCUGGCCUCGCAACGGAAAAUGGCAAGGUGGAAAUCUCUCUCCUGUGGUCCUUGAUCGUUAUGAGUACUCUCUCGCCCGAACAGCGACAGGCGCUCCUCGAUGGGCCCGCUGGCACUCCUCCUCCCGGGCAAGCUUCCAAUCUGAUCGAACCUCCAAACCUGCUUGUAGCGGGACGCACUGUCCUAUUCCUUUUCUGGACUCUGGCCUCUGUCUCGGUUGCCAUUCGUAUAUACACCAAGGUCUUCCUGCUGGGUCUAAUGAGGCUGUCUGACUAUACGAUCCUACUGGCCUGGGCCUUGUUUAUGGGGUAUUUUGGUCCCGCUUGGGCGCUGAGUGCUGCGGCUCCCGGUGUCGACCAGUGGAAUCUUCGCUUGAAGGACUUCAUCGCGAUGCUCUACUAUUUCCAUGUCAAUUCCAUCCUGUAUGGAAUAUGUAUUUUCUUCAUCAAGCUCUCGAUAUUCCUUCAGCUUCUGGAGAUUUUCGGACAGACGCGAGACUACGUCUACUGGAGCUGCCACAUCUGCAUAUGGGCCAACUUUCUCUUCUAUUUCAUCAGCACCUUUGUCGAAAUCUUUUCCUGUCAUCCGAUGUCAAAGGCCUGGGAUGUACUGAUUACCGAGGGAUCGUGCCUGAACAUGGACUUGUUGAAUGUUAUUGCGGGUGCUGUCAACUCCGUAUCGGACUUGACCAUUGUGAUCCUACCACAGACCCGCAUUUGGCAGUUACAUGUGGCCCUCGACAGACGGAUCGCCGUUGGAACCGUGUUUCUAUUCGGUGUGACGGCUUGUGUUGCAUCCGUCGUAAGAGUGGUGCAUACCGUUCUCCUUCUCGAUGCAACCAACAACACUUCCUAUUUCAGCUACCUGGCCGGUAUGUGGACUCUACCCGAGCUCGCAUGUGGGAUCAUUGCCGGCUGUCUGCCGUCAAUGCCAAAGUUCUUCCGGAGCGUGUGGCAGAGCUCCACCGUAGCGAAAUGGAGGCAUUGGCUGCGGCGAUUGUUAUCAAUUAGGACACGAAGCCAACAAGCCAAGGAUUUAGAGGCUCCUGCUCGUCUAGUACAUCCCAAGGGUCACUGGGUGAGUCCGGAACCAUAUCCGCUGACAUCAAUUGGGAGUCGAGCCUCGACGGCGCAAGAUUCAACAUCCUCGACAGUGAAUGGUCCCGAUUGCGUUUAAUACCAGUUACUUGGCACUACAGCCCAGAUGGAU